CAGACCUCUCCUCUUCUUCAUUGUGUGUAAAUAGAUUUUUUGUUUGUUAAAUCGUGUUUAAAGAAUCUUGGAUCAGUGAACAUUUUUGCAUUUAUUUUCCUGCUGAAGAAGAAAGAGGAGGAAGAGGAGGAGGAGGUGCUGCGUUAUGUUGCAGACCUUCAGGUGACGUCAUGGGGAACGGGUCAAUGAAAUCAAAGUGUUACGAACAAACCGACGCCUCUAACGGCUCCGCCCUCAAAGAUCCCGGCGGCCUUGACGUUCUGAGGUCACGAGUGGACGAGCUGGAGCUUGAGGUCAAGAGGAAGGAGGAGGAGCUUCUAGCCAAAGACCAGCAGGUCAGAAACCUGAGGGAGACGUUGGCCAAUCAGACACGAGCUCUGAGCGAGCUGAGCGAGGAGCUGCAAAGCAAGAGCAACCAGCUCAAUAAACUGCAGGAGGCGCUAAAGAGUCAGAGUGAAGUCUCCGCCUCUCUGACCUCACGACCUCCGUCCGUCAAAGCCGGCGUCGGCGGGAAAAGCCUCAAGUUCAGCGUCGGCGCCAACAGGAGAAAAGGAGCCAAAGCCGGCGUGUCGGCAGAACCCACGUCCAGAACCUACGACUCCAGCACGCUGCCCAAGUUCUCCUUUGAGAAGACGCGCGUACCAAAGGACGCGAGUGUGAAGAAGCUGCUCACCGAAGCCCUCAACAGGAACCAGUACCUGAAGAGACUGGAGCUGCAGCAGCUCAGAGACAUGGUGGAGUGCAUGUACGAGCGCUCCUACCAGCAGGGGGAGUACGUCAUCACGCAGGGGGAACCGGGAAACCACCUGUUCAUCCUGGCAGAUGGAAAGUUGGACGUGUUUCAACACAAUAAACGUCUGACAUCGAUCACAGUCUGGACCACGUUUGGAGAGUUAGCCAUUCUGUACAACUGCACAUGCACGGCGUCCGUACGAGCGGUGAGUAAAGUCGGGACGUGGGCGUUGGAUCGUGAGGCGUUUCAGAACAUUAUGAGGAGGACGGCAGAGACGCGUCAAGAACAGCAUCGCAACUUCUUACGAAGUGUUCCUCUGCUGGAGAACCUUCCUGAGGAGAAGCUCAGUAAGAUGGUGGACUGUCUGGAGGUGGAGUACUACAAUAAAGGAGAGUACGUGAUUCGUGAGGGCGAGGAAGGCAGCACCUUCUUCAUUAUCGCUCAGGGAAAGGUGAAGGUGACACAGACGAGCGACGCCCACACGGCGCCACAGACCAUAAACACGCUGCAGAGAGGAGAUUAUUUUGGAGAGAAAGCUCUGAUCAGUGACGACGUCAGGUCAGCGAACAUCGUGGCAGACGAGAACGUCGAGUGUCUGGUCAUCGACAGAGAGACGUUUGAUCAGACGGUGGGAACGUUCCACGAGCUGCAGAAAUACCUGCAAGGUUACGUGGCAACGCUGGAGCGCGACGACAAGAAGAGACACGGCAGGAAGUCGCUGUCUCGUCACCAGAGUCAGCCACUGUCUCCUGACGUGGUCCAGCUGAAGGACUUGGUGUCUGCGUUCCCGUCGUCUCGACCCUUCGACCUGCUGGACUCCGUCGCUACGCUCGGCGUUGGAGGUUUCGGACGUGUGGAACUGGUGAAGGUGAAGGACAAAGACGUGACCUUUGCUCUGAAGGUCAUUAAGAAGAAACAUGUGGUGGACAACAGACAAGAAGAACACGUCCACUCAGAGAGGAAGAUCCUCGCUGAGGCUCGCUCACCGUUUGUCGUCAAACUCUAUCGCACGUUUAAAGACAAUAAAUAUGUGUACAUGCUGCUGGAGGCGUGUCUGGGCGGAGAGAUCUGGAGUCUGCUCAGAGACAGGGGCAGCUUUGAUGAAUCCACAUCUAAAUUCUGCGUGGCCUGCGUCACUGAAGCGUUUGAUUACCUUCAUCGUAAAGGAGUUCUCUACAGAGACCUGAAGCCUGAGAACCUGAUGCUGGACACAGACGGAUACAUUAAACUGGUUGACUUUGGUUUCGCUAAGAAGAUCAGAUGUGGACAGAAGACGUGGACCUUCUGUGGGACACCAGAGUACGUGGCUCCAGAGAUCAUCCUCAACCAAGGCCACAACCUGAGUGUGGACUUCUGGUCUCUGGGCAUCCUGGUGUUUGAGCUGCUGACCGGCAGUCCUCCGUUCUGUGGCACUGACCAGAUGAUGACCUACACCUUCAUCCUGAAGGGCAUUGAGAAGAUGGACUUUCCCAGGAAGAUCACAAAGAGACCAGAGGACCUCAUACGAAAACUCUGCAGACCAAAUCCCUCAGAGCGACUGGGAAACCUGAAAAAUGGAAUAACAGACAUCAAGAAGCACAGGUGGUUUAAUGGUUUUAACUGGGAAGGACUGAAGGUGAGAACGUUAUCAUCUCCACUGAAGAGAGAGGUCUCUGGACCUACAGACCACAGGUACUUUGACUCUUAUGCUCCAGAUGAAGACAGUCCUCCUGACGAGUUCUCGGGCUGGGACGUGGACUUCUAAGUGUCACAUUGUUACUGGAACAGAGAAGAUCACGUGUUUGAAAAGAAGCAGAAGAAAGACCUUGAAUUUACCCAAGGUCACACGGUGGGGCGGUGGUUAGCAUCGUCACCUCAUAACAAGGUUUUCUGUCAGAGAAUCAAAACUAAAGACUGAGACGAUCAUAUAUAUAUAUACAUAUGUGUAUAUUUACAUAUACAUACAUGUAUAUAUAUAUAUACAUACAUAUAUACAUGUGUACAGUAUAUGUAUGUCUCUCUCUAUAUAUACACACAGUUAUAUGUAUACUUUCUUUUUGACUGAAUAUUUAUUCUGAUGUGUAGUGAAAUCAUAUUAAAAACAUGCACUGAACCUUUAUAUAAAAUGUAAAUAAUUACUUUUCUGUGUGAAAAUAAAAUCAUAAUCUAUGAUUUUAUAUAUUUUUAAUAUAAAUGAGAGAAAAUGAUAUUUUUGUCUCUUUUGUUAAAAACAAAAAACCCUUCAUCUUUGUUGUCUUGUAUAAUUUUAUUUAUUUAUUUGAAUGUUUUGUGAGGAGGGUCAGAGGUCAGAGAGGGGGCAGGGCUUCAAACACCUUCACAUCAGUAGUGACAAAUGUCUGAGGCCCCGCCUCCUCAGGAUAUGUAACAUACAGAAAAUAAAUAGAUGCUUAAAAGUCA